CCCCCGUCCAAUCCUCGCGCGGACUCAUGUCUGCCCGCUCGGCCGCCGUCUCUCGAGUCUCUGCCAGGUCCGGGGCGGGUCCGCGGCCGCGGCGGGAACAUGGAGGAGCUGCUGAGGCGCGAGCUGGGCUGCAGCUCUGUCAGGGCCACGGGCCACUCGGGGGGCGGGUGCAUCAGCCAGGGCCGGAGCUACGACACGGAUCAAGGACGAGUGUUCGUGAAAGUGAACCCCAAGGCGGAGGCCAGAAGAAUGUUUGAAGGUGAGAUGGCAAGUUUAACUGCCAUCCUGAAAACAAACACGGUUAAAGUGCCCAAGCCCAUCAAGGUUCUGGAUGCCCCAGGCGGCGGGAGCGUGCUGGUGAUGGAGCACGUGGACAUGAGGCAUCUGAGCAGUCAUGCUGCAAAGCUUGGAGCCCAGCUGGCCGAUUUACACCUUGAUAACAAGAAGCUUGGAGAGAUGCGCCUGAAGGAGGCGGGCACAGUGGGGAGAGGAGGUGGGCAGGAGGAACGGCCCUUUGUGGCCCAGUUUGGAUUUGACGUGGUGACGUGCUGUGGAUACCUCCCCCAGGUGAAUGACUGGCAGGAGGACUGGGUCGUGUUCUAUGCCCGGCAGCGCAUUCAGCCCCAGAUGGACAUGGUGGAGAAGGAGUCUGGGGACAGGGAGGCCCUCCAGCUUUGGUCUGCUCUGCAGUUAAAGAUCCCUGACCUGUUCCGUGACCUGGAGAUCAUCCCAGCCUUACUCCACGGGGACCUCUGGGGUGGAAACGUAGCAGAGGAUUCCUCUGGGCCGGUGAUUUUUGACCCAGCUUCUUUCUACGGCCACUCGGAAUAUGAGCUGGCAAUAGCUGGCAUGUUUGGGGGCUUUAGCAGCUCCUUUUACUCCGCCUACCACGGCAAAAUCCCCAAGGCCCCAGGAUUCGAGAAGCGCCUUCAGUUGUAUCAGCUCUUUCACUACUUGAACCACUGGAAUCAUUUUGGAUCGGGGUACAGAGGAUCCUCCCUGAACAUCAUGAGGAAUCUGGUCAAGUGAGCGGGCCUUGCUCUGGAAGGAGGCCUCAGAGGUUUCUCCACAGUCCUCUUCCGGGCAAAUUCUUGUUUCUUCACAUGCCGGAGUAGCUUAAGACCAAUGCAGUAGCUUAUUUCCAAGCCUUGCAAAGUAUAUAGUAUCUAAGAGGAAAGGUUUUGUCAUCCCAGCGUUGUCCACUUUGUGGGGGUUUGUAGGUAGAUGGAGCCACACUACAGGCAGGGUAUGAGCAGAGGGAUGUAUGGAGUGUGGGUGACUCUGAGCCUCACUGCUGCUGCAAGGUGGAGAAACUGUAAGUGAACUCCUGUGGGUGCGGGGGAGGGUAUCCGGUGCGCAGGGAGGUGGCCAGCGCCCCCGGGCACUGCUGCUCAUAGGUACCUUUCCGCUGCCUCCUCCCUGCUCUCCUGUGCAGGAAUGUCUCUGAGCUGUUCACGUUGAUGCUUCUUGGUUGGCAAGACUUGGGUGUAGACAUGAAACCAUCUUACUAAAAGCGUCUUAAAAUGACCAAUUCCAAAAUCAAGCGUAUUCCCUUUUCUUCCUGCAUGAUCCCUGGGCCCUGCCGCAGGCUGAGCAAAUCUGUAAACUGAUUGUGGGAGAAACCAAGCUGCUGGCCGUAGGGUGUCCUUGGGUAAAUCCAGGAGUCUUCAUUGCUUCUGUUAUUACCCCGUCUCCUCUGCCAUUUUCUACAGCUUGCUGAGUUGUCAUUCCUUUGCAACAUUAAAAUACAUGCUGAACUCAUAUUUUUCCUUCCUUCACUGUUGUAGUAAAGAGAAAUAUUUCAUGAAUGGCAUUGAUGCUAAUAAAUCCUUUGCACAAAAAUUUGAAUAAACUUCCAGUGGUUUCGAUAAUGUACAA